AUGCUUCCUCCUAACGACCCACUGCGUCAGCCUCAGUACAUCAAUGCCCGUCCGGUACCUGCGAACCAGGAGGUCCCGCCAGUCGCGCCGCCUCUGCAGCAAGGCCUGGAUCAUGCUGCCGUCGAGCCUGCUGGUGCUGAGAAUGGCGGUCCUGAUCCCGCUGUUGCCGAGCCUGCUGUCGCCGAGCCUACUAUCGCCGAGCAUGCUGACGGUGUGGAUACUGACGACGAAUUUUUCGUCGUAGAAGUGCAGCCGAACACUCACAUCGAGGACGGACCAGACCUGCCUCAUGAAGCAUUGCCGAUGGUAGUCGGUGCUGCAGAGCCACGACCAAUCGCAACGGCCUCGAUCACUUCAUCAGCUAUCGCUUGGGCUGCCGCGUACUUGCCUACGAGAUUGAGGUCAACUGCAACAGCGAUCCCAUGGCUAGGAGCAGCAACCCCAGCAGCCGCGCAAGGAAUUGCCGCGCAAGAUGCUGCAGCGCAGCCACGCCCCAUACAUCCACCUCUCGUCCAAGGUCAACAAGAGUGUCCUAUCUGCUACGAGGACAUGUCACAGGCCAGAGAUCAUGUCCGGCGUUGGCCGCGAUGCCACCAUGAGUUCCAUCGACGAUGCAUAGCCGAGUGGAUGGAUACACAGGAAAUGGCAGGACAAGAGAUGAGUUGUCCCUAUUGCAGAACCAGAUGGGAACUUGUCGCUGGCGAUUUCUAG